AUGUUCUCUCGUCGAGCUCUUCAGGCUCUCCGCCAGCAAAGUCGUUGUUUCUCAUCUACGCCACAUCAAAAUGCGGACUUCACCCACGCAGUCAUUGGCGCCGGAGCUGUGGGUCUUGCCAUUGCACGACGCUUGCAACAGGUGGGGGGAGCGCAGGUCGUUCUGAUCGAGAAACAUGACAUGAUUGGCAGUGAAACGAGUAGUCGAAACUCUGAGGUCAUCCACGCCGGAAUAUAUUAUGGACCCGACAGCCUCAAGACAAAAUUGUGUAUACAAGGCAAGAAGAUGAUCUACGACUACUGCCAAAAGAACGAUGUGCCUCAUAUGAACUGUGGCAAAUGGAUUGUCGCCCAAGAUGAUGUCCAAAUGCAAGAAUGCCACAAGGUCCACGAGUUUGCAAAGUCGAUCGACGUGCCCAUCCGCUACGUGUCCAAGGAAGAAGCGCAAAGACGAGAGCCAGAUGUCAGAGCGGAAGCGGGCGUCCUGGAAAGCUCAAGCACUGGUAUUGUCGACUCUCAUGCCUUCAUGCAAACACUACUUGGGGACUUUGAGAACGAAGGAGGUACGCUGGCUCUUGUGAGUCCAGUCACUCGCAUCCAACCACCGUCGAAUGGGGAUUUCGAUUGGAAGAUCUGGACUGGAGCAGACACAUCAGAACCAAUUCCAGCUUCACCAACACCGCAGGCGCCAGAGCAAAGCCCCGCGAGCGACGAAGAUACAUUCAUCACUGCUGAGACCGUAAUCAACAGUGCUGGGCUAUACGCCUGCACCAUCAACAAUGUGAUACUACCACCUGAGAGACAUCGGACGCAGUUCUACGCCAAAGGGUCCUACUUCACAUAUUCGAAGUCACACCCGAAGCCGUCGACGUUGAUAUAUCCAGCACCUGUACCAGGACAUGGUGGCCUUGGAACUCACCUCACCCUCGACAUGGGCGGCCAAGUUCGUUUUGGCCCCGACGUGGAGUGGGUAGAUUCACCGAACGACCUGGCGCCAAACGCCGAUAGUGAUCGAUUCCAAGCAGCUCUCGCAGACAUUAAAUCUUACCUGCCUGGCAUCGACACAGCUUCCGUCUCCCUAGGAUAUGCGGGCAUCCGACCAAAGCUUGGUAAGACCAGCGCUACGGCGGGCGGCAAAACGUUUCAAGACUUCUACAUCGCGAAAGAGGAAGGCUUUGAAGGAUUCGUUAACUUGCUGGGAAUUGAAAGUCCCGGCCUGACCAGCAGUUUGGCGAUUGGCGAAGAAGUCUACAGGUUGCUCUACAAAUGA